AUGUCGUCUACUAACGAGAAGAAUGCGCCCUUUGUCAGCAGCUCAUUGUUCUCUCUGAAGGACAGGACUGCCCUUGUUACUGGCGGUGGAAGCGGAAUCGGCUUGAUGGCCGUCCAAGCACUCGUUGCCAACGGCGCCAAGGUCUACAUCACUGGCCGCACAAAAGAGAAGCUCGAUCGGGUCGUCGAGCUCUACUCCCAAGGGAAGGGCUCCAUCGUACCCAUCGUAGCAGACGUCAGCAAGAAGGACGACAUUGCCAAGCUCGUCCAAGAGAUCGAAUCAAAGGAGCAGUCUCUCGACGUCCUCGUCAACAAUGCCGGCAUCGCGGGCGCCACGCAGCAGACCGAGUCCGGAUCUGCCACGGAGAUGAAGAAGAACCUCUUUGACGACGAGUCGGCCACAUUUGAGGAUUGGACCAACACCUACCGCACCAACGUCCCGCAGAUCUACUUCAUGACGACCGCAUUCCUCCCUCUGCUGCAGAAGUCCUCGGACCGCCACAAGGGCUGGUCCGGCACCGUCAUCAACAUCAGCUCCAUCAGCGGCAUGGUCAAGACGGCGCAGCACCACUUCUCGUACAACUCGUCCAAGGCGGCCGUCAUCCACCUCAACCGCAUGCUCGCCUCCGAGAUUGCCGCCAACGAGCUCAAGAUCCGAGUCAACUCGAUCGCCCCGGGCGUCUUCCCCAGCGAGAUGACCGCCGACGACAGCAACGAAGAACAGAAGAGCCACAUCCCCAAGGACAAGUACGCCGACAAGGUGCCCGCCGCGCGCCCUGGCAAGGACGAGGACAUGGCGCAGGCGGUCUUGUUCUGCGCGACAAACCAGUACCUCAACGGGCAGACUUUUGCUGUUGAUGGCGGGUACACUCUUGCAGCGGGGCUGUAA